AUGGAAGAAGCUCUGAGAAGGCUCAACGGCACCCUCAGCCGCGACUCCGAUUCCCAGCCCCCCGCCACCAAGCGCCGCGCCGCCUCCUCCUCCGCCUCCCAACCUCCCGCCACGCGCUACCGCGGCGUCCGUCGCCGCCCCUGGGGCCGAUACGCAGCUGAGAUCCGCGACCCCCAGUCGAAGGAACGUCGGUGGCUGGGGACCUUCGACACGGCGGAGGAGGCCGCCUGCGCCUACGACUGCGCCGCCCGCGCCAUGCGCGGCGUGAAGGCGCGGACCAAUUUCGUGUACCCCAAGCCGCCUUCUCAGCCGCCCAACAUCGGCUUGAGGAAUACGAACACCUAUGCCCUCAACUCAAAACUAUAUCCCCAAUCCACUGACCUAAUUACCCCUAACGCCUCAUUUUCUCUUCAGCCUUACCAUUUCCCAAAACUCUCCUGCAACACGACCUUAUUAGCUCCGACCACCGUAUUUUCGGCUACUCCAAACUAUUUGUCUAAGUUUCAAGAUAACAACAAUUCCGAGCCGCUGGAUUUUUUCAAGUCGGAGAAGUCGGGUUCGGGCUUGUUGGAGGAAGUUCUGAAAGGUUUCUUCCCCAAACCUCAAGCGGCGGAUGGGAAAAUGACAAAUCAAGCCAAGAGGAAACACGCUUAUGAUAACGAGUUUUAUAAUUAUUCGAGCAGCAGCAAUUUGUAUAGUAAUGUUAGUGAAGGGCCUCAGUUGAACACUACUCCAUCGAGUGGAAUGGUGGGAGAUAUUGUUCAUUAUCAGGAAGCCCUUAAUCUGUUUGCGGCUAAACUAGGUUGA